UUCAGUCGUGCAUCAUUUUCAAAAAAUGUAUUUGUAGUUUAUUGUUGGUUCGAUGAGAUAAAAUUGAAGUUAUUCUAUUUGGUUAGUCAGUGACGAGCCGCAAACCAAAAACUCUUCAAAAUGAGCCACAAACUGUCAUCUAAGUUGUUCAUAGCCCUGUCGCUUCUGGUGCUUCUGGAAUUUGAUUGGGUCUUCUCUGGAACAGAUUCAGAGGCUUGCAUGUUGGAAGUCCAAGCUGAAAAAACUUUCAAAUCAUAUGAGUCCGGAUCCCAGCAUCUCAGCUGCAACUCAUCAUGUAAUGAAGUUGAAUGCUCAUUUAUCAGCCACGGAAGCGAAACCUUUUCGUUCCGAGUCAAGCUGAUAUGUGCGACAAAGGGAAAUUCUGGAGUGCAUUCCCAAGUGGUAGAUCUGACCUCGAAAAGCGACAAUCAAACGUUUCGUCUCAUGAGUCUGGAUUCCUUCAUGAGGAAUGAAACUGUGAUGUUUGAUAGCACAGUUAAAGAUGGUUUGCCACAGAGCUAUCCUUGGGCUGUUUUGCACACAGUUCACGAAGACGAUGAGAAGGGAAAGUUUUAUCUGAUGAUCUCAGUUGGCAAAGCAGUUGGAAGUGCCUCGAUGGAUUUGAUGGCCCUGAAGCCAAGCGCUUCAUUCAGCAGAACCAUUGAGAAGUAUGAAUUUAUCUGUGGUAGUGUGAAAUGCACAGCGCGGGCAAAAAAGGCAGAGAAGUUGGAAGAAUCGCGAAAGAGCUUUAGAGAUAAGGAUUUGGAAGACUGCAACUCAAUGCAGCUCACAAACAAUCCGAGGAGAGUGAGCGUGAAAGUGGACCAACACUUGACCUGUUCGGAUUGGAAUGGCAACGUGUUCAUGAUGGCCUACAACGUCAAUUUUCAGCUGGGGGGUGUGGCAGGUGCCUAUGUGAGGGUGUUCCACAUCACUGAGGUGGAGAGGGGUAUUGUUAGUGUACCCCUGGUCGAAGCAAAAGAUAUUUUCUUUUCUCCUGAAAGUGAAGAAAAUUCAGUGGAAUACAGCUAUGUUGGAAUCGGAAUCACAAACGAUCUCGAAAUUGAGGCUAUUUGGAUCUCAAAACUGUACGCAAACUCUUCGCAAGCUGGAACUGAAACCAAAGAUGAAGAUGUGAAGCCGACGAUUAGUCAAAUAAGCGGCAAAAUGCAUCUGAGCGGAGAUUGUGAAAAGAAAUAUAUCGAAGAUGAUCUAUCAGAUGCGAUGACCCUCAACGAAACUGCAGAUCACGCGGUGUGCCAUUCUUUUUCCAAUGCAAUCGAUCAUUCGAACAUGAGGAGGACAAACGAGAAAAGGUCAAGAAGAGUUCGCUUUUCGGAGUCCCAAGUGCAAAUCAACUGUGUGGCCAGCGGAUGUACAGACGCAUUAUGUAACAUACACGUCGAGUCGCCAUCGGAUUACGCAACUGAUGCCAGCUCAGAUUCAUUCGAGAAGUACGAUUUGAAGGUGGAGUUUUCCAUCCCUGUUUGUCACCAAAAUAUGAUCAUGUAUACGGUGUACAAUAUGACAGACAAUCGACAAGUGGUCAUCCAAGAUGGAAUGAUUGGCUCGGUUCAGGGGUCAAACUAUCAUCCAAUACCUGCUGGUGUGGGUUCGUCUAAGUUCUUCCUGAGUGGCUCUGUGUAUUCCCUGGUGAGAGGAGCUUCAACGAGUCAACUUCAAGUGCCACAGACCAUCAGCAACCUCUACUUUGUGAAUGAAGAGUGCCUGUUGAUUCUGGACAGAAAGGGGGCUGUGUUUCCUAACCGGGCGGGGGGACGUUCAUCUGGUGACAACAGCAGCAAGUGGGAGAGGAAAUGUUUCCGCAGGGGUGCCAGGGGGUACAAUCUGGUGAUGCUCUCGGUUCCCAUCACCCUCUGUGACGUCUCAGCCUCCCUCAGUCCAGACCAAUGUGAGGACCUGUCUGCUCACAUGGACAACCCUACAGCCGGUGCUAGUUCGGGUUCAUUCACAGUGAAGAGAGAUCUAGAAAUGUCCUCUGAGAUGUUUCCGAAUGAUGAUAAAGUUAGCUACAGAUGCAGUGUGGGGGACGACCACUGCGAUGGGAUUGCAUGUGCAUACGAUGUGAAAAAGUUAUUUGAUCAAAAUUAUUUAUCUGAUCCGGGGACGCUCAAUUUGGAUCGUAACGAGGCCUCGAUCAAUUUCCGAUUCGAACACUGCUCAGAAGAAGAUGGACUAGUCGUCACAGUCGAGAACUCAGUGACAUACAGCCUCAGGCAUAGGUCGGCGGAAUCUCUGUCUUCUCAUACUUCUAGCUUGUCUUCCCAGUUCUUCCCAACUGUAUUUCGGAAGGAUCAAUCAGCGGAAGAAAUAGCGCUGGAUAUGUGGAUGAACGGACAGUCAUCGCUGAAUAUUACUCUUCUUCUAUCAGAAACAUCUUCCAGUGAAAUCACAGUGGUAGACUCUCUGUCAAUUUUGCCCGUUGUGGCAACCACCCCUGUCAAAAUAUUCAAUUACUCAUCAUCAUCCUCAAACCUCGACGAAUCCGAAGGCGAACAGCGCUAUCUGUCGAUAUUUUUCAAACACAAAAAUAGUGAACUGAUUCGUCAAGUGGAAGCAUUGCCGAUCGGAAACUCACAAUGCGAACGAAGUAUAUCGACGAGUAGCACUUGUCAUAAAUGGAAAGACGCCUCUUCGAAAUUCAAAAUUCCUCCAGCCGGCUCUGCCUCCCUUUUGUGUCAAUCGAACAGACUGUGCAAUGGGAUGACAUGCACAAAAAGCGCCAGAUACAGACAGCAGUCCACUGUCUUGUUGGAGUUUUCGUCUUGUCUAUCUCCUGUGGAGAUCAGAGUCCGAGAAGAGAGCGUUGACGACUCCGAGUCCACCGGGACUGCAGAAGUCUACUCUAAGGGAGACAGAAUCAGUUCUUUGAACAACGCCUACUUUGCCGACUUCAUACUAUACCAGGAGUGUCUCGUGGUCAUCCUCAAGACGAACAGAUUAUCCAAAAGUUACAUGGCCAGUGUGGUGCCUAGAGACUGCCCCAAGUUGCCGGAGUCACACCACCAAUAUGUCAAACUGGAAAAAUGUCCGAAAGAUUUAAAAGAUGUUCUGUGGACUGACGAGAGCACUAUUGAAACUGUGCAGCUAAAUUAUACUCUUCUGGAGGAGGAGGAGCUGGAGGAACCGGAUUCAGCGGAACAAGCUAAAGAACAGUUGAGCGAAAAAGCUUCAGUGUCAUCAUCCACAUUAGGUCCUUUGAUGCUGGGGUUGUUCGGAGUGCCCGUUCUGGUGAUCGGAUCAGCAGUUGUCUCCCUUCUCAUCUGUCGGGGCAGUGCGCGCACAUUCUUUUCAUCGUCAUUGCCCCAUCAGCCUCUGGUUGAGAGCAGAUACUCGAGCAUUUUACGCUUAGACUGUAACGAAGAUGACAAUGAUUUGAUUGAUACAUCCUAAUGACUGAAUGACUGCAACAGCCACAAAUAUAUUACCCAUUAUUACGACUCAUUUCAAAACUACUCAUUUAUGCAUUAUUUGUAAAUAGCUUAAUGAUGCACCAAAAAAAUUUCCCUUUUAAAAAGUUAACACGUUUAUAUUUUAGAUAAAA